AUGGAGUGGGCAUCGGCACAAUACCAGAAGCAAAAAGACAUCUGGAUCCCCUGGAUAGAAGACUUGUAUCUCAAGUACUUCACAAGUGAUAACAAAGCAAGCUACACUACGAGAGACAAUCUUGACAAGACCAAGGUAACUGGCAAUGAGCAGGUCGACAAGCUGCAAGAUGGCGUUCAUGGACUUGUUGCCGGCCAGCUUGGUCAGGGCGGCCUCGCCCAGCCCGUCGGCGAUCUUGUUUCGAAACAAGGGAUAAACAGAGCCGAGAGACAGGGUGUUGACGAGGAGGGCAAAUAUCUACCAAAGCCGGGGGAUGCUCUGGCUGGGAAAUGA